GACAGAGAGAGAGACAGACAGAGGAGGCGAUACGAAAGAGGGUACCGUUCUGCGGAGCAUAGAGAUAACGCGUUUUAUUUAUGCAUUACUUCGCACCAUUAAAGAAGAGGAGAAGUUAAUUUAUCGUAUCUUUUGUAAUUUCAUACUCCUUAUAACCCCCCCAUUCCCCAUAUUUUACUAUAUUUUUUUUUAGCAGCGGAACGACAGAGAGUUGUGGUCUAGAGCAGGUGUUUGGGAAAGAGACCGAGACCCCAGCGGCCGCUCCUCUCCCCGUCUUCUCCCGUCUCUAAAGGGGAAAUGUCGAGCGAGAAACCGGCUACUGCACCUCCACUCUCAGAUCCAGACCGACCCGCUCCUCCCCCGGGCCCCGGCCAGCCGCAGGUCGUCACGGGCGCUGGUUCGGCUCCCAUCGGGGACAGGAUGGUCUCUGGAUCCGGUUCUAUGGUGCUCCAGGCCGGGGUCAUCAACCCCGCCGUGCCAAUCAGGAAUAUCCAAAUGAAAUUCGCGGUGCUGGUGGGCCUUAUUCAGGUUGGAGAGGUUAGCAACCGGGACAUCGUCGAAACGGUUCUCAACCUGCUGGUGGGGGGUGAGUUUGACCUAGAGAUGAACUUCAUCAUUCAGGACAGUGAGAGUAUCGGCUGUAUGGUCGACCUGCUGUCUCACUGCGAAGUCACCUGCCAGGCUGAGGUGUGGUCCAUGUUCACAGCCAUCCUGAGGAAGAGUGUGAGGAACCUUCAGACCAGCACAGAGGUGGGCCUCAUAAAACAGGUCUUGUCCAAGCUGAAUUCUGUGGACGACAUGAUCGCAGAUCUGUUAGUGGAUAUGCUGGGGGUGAUGGCCAGCUACAGUAUAACAGUGAAGGAGCUGAAACUUCUCUUCAGUAUGCUGAGGGGAGACAACGGUAUCUGGCCUAGACAUUCUAUCAAGUUGUUGUCUGUGUUGAACCUGAUGCCUCAGAGACACGGUCCAGACACCUUCUUCAACUUCCCUGGUCGCAGUGCAGCGGCCAUAGCGUUGCCUCCCAUCGCUAAGUGGCCUUACCAGAACGGCUUCACUCUCAACACCUGGUUCAGACAAGAUCCCCUCAACAACAUCAACGUAGACAAGGACAAACCAUACCUCUACUGUUUUCGAACCAGUAAAGGUAUUGGCUACUCAGCUCACUUUGUGGGUAACUGUCUGAUCGUGACAUCCCUGAAGUCCAAGGGGAAAGGCUUCCAACACUGUGUGAAGUACGACUUUCAACCCCGCAAGUGGUACAUGAUCAGCAUCGUCCACAUCUACAAUCGCUGGAGGAACAGUGAGAUCCGUUGCUAUGUCAACGGUCAGCUGGUCUCUUACGGUGACAUGGCCUGGCACGUCAACACCAACGACAGUUAUGAUAAGUGUUUUCUAGGUUCGUCAGAGACGGCAGAUGCUAACAGGGUGUUCUGUGGUCAGCUGGGGGCCAUCUACGUGUUCAGUGAGGCUCUCAACCCCGCUCAGAUCUUCGCCAUACAUCAGCUGGGUCCCGGCUACAAGAGCACCUUUAAAUUUAAGUCGGAGAGUGAUAUCCACUUGGCAGAGCACCAUAAGCAGGUCCUGUAUGACGGGAAGCUGGCCAGCUCCAUCUCUUUCACCUACAACGCCAAGGCCACUGACGCACAGCUCUGUCUGGAGUCAUCGCCCAGAGAGAACGCAUCCAACUUCGUUCACUCCCCACACGCACUCAUGCUGCAGGAUGUGAAGGCCAUAGUGACCCAUUCCAUCCACAGUGCCAUCCAUUCUAUAGGAGGAAUACAGGUCCUCUUCCCUCUCUUCUCACAACUGGACUAUACACAACUCAACGACAGCUCUGUGGACACCAGCGUGUGUGCCACCCUCCUGGCGUUCCUAGUUGAGCUGUUGAAGAGCUCCGUGGCCAUGCAGGAACAGAUGCUGGGGGGGAAAGGAUUCCUGGUGAUCGGGUACCUGCUGGAGAAGUCGUCCAGGGUCCACAUCACCAGAGCUGUGCUGGAACAGUUCUUGUCCUUUGCUAAGUACCUGGACGGGUUAACCCACGGAGCGCCACUCCUCAAACAGCUGUGUGACCACGUCCUCUUCAACGCUGCCAUCUGGAUACACACACCCGCUAAGGUCCAGUUGUCCCUGUACACCUACCUGUCUGCGGAGUUCAUUGGGACGUCGACCAUCUACAGCACCAUCCGUCGCGUUGGUACCGUGCUGCAGCUGAUGCACACGCUGAAGUACUACUACUGGGUCAGCAACCCACUGGAGAGCAGCGGCAUCACACCUAAAGGACUGGAUGGACCUAGGCCGUCCCAGAAGGAGAUCGUCUCUCUCAGAGCCUUCAUUCUGCUGUUCCUCAAACAACUCAUACUCAAGGAUCGGGGUGUGAAGGAAGAUGAGCUACAGAGCAUCCUGAACUACUUGCUGACCAUGCAUGAGGAUGACAAUAUCCAUGAUGUUCUUCAGUUGUUGGUGGCUCUGAUGUCAGAACACCCAGCCUCCAUGAUCCCAGCCUUCGACCAGAGGAAUGGCAUACGGGUGAUCUGUAAACUCCUAGCCUCUAAGACUGAGAGCAUCAGAGUCCAGGCUCUCAAAGUCCUGGGAUACUUCCUCAAACACCUCGGACACAAGAGGAAAGUGGAGAUCAUGCACACACACAGCCUGUUCACCCUGCUGGGAGAGAGGCUGAUGAUCCACACCAACACCGUCAGCGUCACAACCUACAACACACUCUACGAGAUUCUGACAGAACAGGUGUGUACCCAGGUAGUCCACAAGCCCCACCCAGAACCUGACUCCACCGUCAAGAUACAGAACCCCAUGAUUUUGAAGGUGGUAGCGACCUUGUUGAAGAGCUGUAGUCCUGAACUGAUGGAGGUCAAGACACUGUUCCUGUCUGACAUGAUCAAACUGUUCAGCAGCAGCCGAGAGAACAGACGGUGUCUGUUGCAGUGUUCAGUGUGGCAGGACUGGAUGUUCAGUCUGGGUUACAUCAACCCCAAGAGCCCAGAGGAACAGAAGAUAGCAGAGAUGGUCUAUAACAUCUUCAGGAUCCUGCUCUACCACGCCAUCAAGUAUGAGUGGGGGGGGUGGAGGGUCUGGGUGGAUACGUUGUCCAUCGCUCACUCCAAGGUAACGUACGAGGCCCAUAAGGAGUACCUGGCUAAGAUGUACGAGGAGUACCAGCGACAGGAGGAGGAGAACAUCAAGAAGGGAAAGAAAGGUUCCGUCUCCACCAUCUCCGGCCUCUCGGCCACGCCCGCCCCCGUCGUCAACGGCAACCUGGAGAUCCGCGAGCUGGACGACCACUCACAGACGCAGACCCCAGAAAGCGAGGCCGAGUACGGAGAGGGAGGAGGAGUGGAUUCCAGGAACCUGCUCGCUGAGGGAGGGGUGGAGACGAAAGGACCCAACGGGGAGGCGUUGACCCCUGGGGAGCAGGGGUCAGGGGAAAGGGUCGAAGUUCAUGACCUCCUGGUGGAUAUCAAGGCGGAAAAGGUGGAAGCUACGGAGGUCAAAUUAGAUGACCUGGAUCUAUCCCCGGAAGGGACGGUGGGAAGAGGAGGAAGGAUGGGGAACGGACCCCUGGUGGAGGUAGACUCCCUGUUGGACAGCGCCUACUGUGUCGUGGUGCGGAAGCUGAAUGGCAACCACAGUAACCUGGUGCCUAAAGAUGACACGGUGGUCACGGGGGCGGGGCCUGACACCAUGGAGGAUGAUGGGAACAUGGGUCCGCUCAUCACCCUCGCUGACGAGAAGGACAGCGUCCCGAACAACAGAGGAUUCCACUUCAGCAAGGUUGAUGAGAAGCUUCUUCCAGCGCUGGCUUCCACAGAACCCCUGGUCCUUCCCAGCCCGGACCAGCCCCUCUCCUCAGGCCCCGUCCACUCCUCCACCUGCCCCAGCGAUGACCUGAGUCUUCUGGCCCACAUGACCUCAUGCGGAGGCUCAGAACUGAGCCAAGCCCAUGGAGGGCUCCCCGAAGACGGGCCCUUCAAUAUCCAGAGCCCCCUGGCUGACAUCAGCUCCAUCGCCCAGAGAGAGAGCCAGGCAGCUGAGAUCCAGGGCUACCCAGAGGUAGAGGUCCCGUCUGGGGCAGAUGGAGAGGUGGCGGGGGGUAAGGCUGGAGGUGACGCGGCUAGCACCACAUCUGAUACAGAAAGAUCUGAUGAUGGGAAGGACAAAGAGAUGGAGAAGAUACAGACCACCGCUACUACUCAGGCACUCCGUGGUCAUCCGGCGGCCCAGUCAGAGCGUGACCUGCGUGUGGACCUGGCCUUUAGAGGGAUGAUGACAGAACCCAUGACGGAGGAGCAGCGACGCCAGUUCAGCCCCGGGCCUCGCACCACCAUGUUCCGUAUCCCAGAGUUUAAGUGGUCGCCCAUGCAUCAGCGCCUCCUCACAGACCUGCUGUUCGCCCUGGAGACCGACGUGCACGUGUGGAGGAGCCAUUCGACCAAGUCAGUGAUGGACUUUGUGAACAGCAAUGAGAACAUCAUCUUUGUCCACAACACCAUUCAUCUCAUCUCUCAGAUGGUCGACAACAUCAUUAUCGCCUGUGGAGGAAUCCUUCCUCUACUCUCUGCUGCCACCUCCCCCUCUAGUUCAAAGGUCAGUGCAAACACUAAGGAGAGAGGAGAUGGAGGAGGAGUCGGCCCCCAGAAGGGGUCAAAUGGUGAGGAGGUGACCCCUGUCCCAGGCGGAGAGGUUGAGUUAGAGAACAUGGAGUUGACCCAGGGCAUGUCUUCAGAGACGGCGGUGUCCUUUCUGUCUCGGCUCAUGGCCAUGGUGGACGUUCUGGUGUUCGCCAGCUCUCUCAACUUCUCUGAGAUAGAGGCUGAGAAGAACAUGUCCUCUGGAGGUCUGAUGAGACAGUGUCUACGACUGGUAUGUUGUGUAGCAGUGAGGAACUGUCUAGAGUGUAGACAGAGACAGAGAGAUAGAGGCUGUUUCUCCAAGUCCAACCUGCCCAGCAGCAAGUCACAGGACAGUCUACAGAGUGCAGCCGCAGCCAGCAAGGAUCCAGACAGACUCCUACAGGAUGUUGACAUCAACCGCCUAAGAGCCGUGGUCUUCAGAGACGUGGAUGACAGUAAGCAGGCUCAGUUCCUGGCCCUGGCGGUGGUCUACUUCAUAUCUGUCCUCAUGGUGUCAAAGUACCGGGACAUCCUGGAACCACAGAGAGAGAUUGGCAGGUCCAGCAGCCUAUCAGGGAGGAGCAUCCGCCACGAGAUCAACUCCCCCACCAGCACAGAGCACCCAUUGUCCUCCUUCCCUGAGGGUGGUCAGGGGGAGAAGCAGAUUCCCACCCCCAUGGAUGACUCUCCGCUUGCCUCUCUGCCCCACACCGACUCAGGAAUCGGGGAGGAGGGCCACGGUCCUGGGGGUCUGAACGGAGCAGAGCUGGGCCUGGGGCUGGGCAUGGCAGGCAGGGAGACAGACAGAGACAGAGAGAGGGAUCUACUGUGUACCCUGUCAUCAGAGGUUAGAAGGUCAAGGGAGAGCCUAUUUGAUUCGCCCCACAACCCUAACUCUGCCUCCAAUCCUGGUCAAGCCCCGCCCUCGUCGAUCUCGAGCAUCAGCCAGCCUAACAAGGGCAUCAACGUCAAGGAGAUUCUGAAGAGCCUUGUGGCCGCGCCCCUGGACGGUGGAGAUGCGGGACAUGAAGUUGGCCCCACCCCCUACCACCCUGAUCCCGCCCUCAAGACACACCCAAUGCAGUUCCACUCCUUCGACAGGUCGGUGAUGGUGCCAGUCAAGAAGCCCCCUCCCGGCGGCCUGUCAGUGAACACAGUGGGCACGUCCACCGCCAGCGGAGCGGUCACACCAGGAAGUACACCUAACAUAUUCGCAGCUGCUACGGCAACGCCCAAGAGCAUGAUCAACACCACAGGUGCCACAGAGUCUGCCUCCUCUUCCUCCUCCUCUUCCUCAUCCUUCGUUAACGGAGCGACCAGUAAGAACCUACCAGCAGUACAGACAGUGGCUCCCAUGCCCGAGGACACCGUCGAGAACAUGAGUGUCUAUUGUGAGGUGGAGCAGUGUGUGCUGCGCAGCGGGUUGACUCCUCCUGAGCUCAAGCCCUUUAGCUCUCUGGCAGGCUUCCAGACAGCCCCCCGCGAUGCAGGACAGUGUCUUAGUAUCACCACUAAGUUGGAGCGUGCCCUGGAGAAGGUGGCUCCCCUCCUGAGGGAGAUCUUUGUGGACUUUGCUCCGUUCCUCUCUAGGACCCUGUUGGGUAGCCACGGCCAGGAGCUGCUCAUUGAAGGUACAGGUCUGGUGUGUAUGAAGUCCAGUACUUCAGUAGUAGAGCUGGUGAUGCUGCUCUGCUCUCAGGAGUGGCAGAACUCAAUCCAGAAGAACGCCGGUCUGGCCUUCAUCGAGCUCAUUAACGAGGGAAGACUGCUGUGCCAUGCUAUGAAGGACCACAUUGUGCGUGUGGCCAACGAGGCAGAGUUUAUCCUGAACAGACAGAGAGCUGAAGACGUACACAAACACGCUGAGUUUGAGUCUAACUGUGCCCAGUACGCUGCUGACAGGAGGGAGGAGGAGAAGAUGUGUGAUCACCUGAUCAGCGCUGCCAAGCACAGGGACCAUGUGACCGCCAACCAAUUGAAACAGAAGAUACUCAACAUCCUGACCAAUAAGCACGGGGCAUGGGGCACGAUGUCACAGAGCCAAUUACACGACUUCUGGCGUCUGGACUACUGGGAGGACGACCUGAGGAGGAGGCGGAGAUUCGUACGAAACCCCUUUGGCUCCACCCACCUUGAUGUGUCACUUAAAGCCCUGGAGGACUAUGGUACGGAAGAGGAGGAAGAGGAGGGGCUUAAGUCUAAGAAGACCUUGCGCAGCCAAUCACUGGUCAGUCAGAACCUGGAGGCGGAGCUAAUGCUGGAGGGAGACGAUGACACUGUCAGUCUGCUGCAGGAGAAAGAGAUGGACAACCUGGCAGGCCCUGUGGUGCUCAGUACUCCAGCCCAGCUGGUAUCUCCAGUAGUGGUGGUCCAUGGGACUCUCUCCAUCACCACCACUGAGAUCUACUUUGAGGUGGACGAGGACGACCCUAGCUUCAAGAAGAUCCACACCAAGGUCCUGGCCUACUCCGAGGGUCUACAUGGCAAGUGGAUGUUCAGUGAGAUCAGAGCUGUCUUCUCCAGAAGAUACCUUCUCCAGAACACUGGUCUGGAGGUCUUCAUGGCCAACCGCACGUCUGUGAUGUUCAACUUCCCGGACCAGGCUACAGUGAAGAGGGUCGUCUACAGUCUACCCAGGGUGGGAGUAGGAACCAGCUACGGACUUCCUCAGGCCAGGCGUAUCUCCUUGGCGACCCCUCGUCAGCUGUUUAAGUCGUCCAACAUGACCCAGCGUUGGCAGAGGAGGGAGAUCUCCAACUUCGAGUACCUCAUGUUCCUCAACACCAUCGCAGGGAGGAGCUACAAUGAUCUGAACCAGUACCCAGUGUUCCCCUGGGUUCUCACUAACUUUGAGUCAGAGGAGCUGGACCUCACUCUGCCCGGCAACUUCCGAGACCUAUCCAAGCCAAUCGGUGCGUUACACCCAAAGCGAGCGGUGUUCUCUGCAGAGCGCUAUGAUACCUGGGAGGAGGACGGAACGCCACCGCACCACUACGGCUCCCUCUACUCUACCGCUAACACCACACUGCUCUGGAUGCUGCGGAUAGAGCCCUUCACCACGUUCUUCCUGAAUGCCAAUGAGAACCAGUUUGACCAUCCUGACAGAGCCUUCUCUGGCAUCGCACGGGCUUGGAGGAACUGCCAACGGGAUACUGCUGAUGUCAAGGAGUUGAUCCCAGAGUUCUACUACCUUCCAGAGAUGUUUGUUAACAGUAGUGGUUUUGAGUUGGGACAGAGAGAGGACGGGACUCCUGUGUCUGAUAUAGAACUGCCAGCCUGGGCCAAGAAACCUGAGGACUUUGUACGCAUCAACCGCAUGGCGUUGGAGAGUGAGUUUGUGUCGUGCCAGCUGCACCAGUGGAUAGAUCUGAUAUUUGGUUAUAAGCAGCGAGGGCCCGAGGCUGUACGAGCUCUUAACGUCUUCCACUUCCUGUCCUAUGAGGGUUCCGUCACCUUGGAUACCAUCACCGACUCCGCACAGCGGGAGUUGAUGGAGACCCAGAUCCAGGCAUGUGGUCAGACUCCAUCCCAGCUGCUGAUCGAGCCCCACCCCCCUCGCUCCUCUGCCAUGCACCUGUGUUUUCUUCCCCAGAGUCCUCUGAUGUUUAAGGACCAGAUGCAGCAGGAUGUGAUCAUGGUGCUGAAGUUCCCCUCCAACUCCCCUGUGACCCACGUAGCAGCCAACACCCUGCCCCACCUCUCUGUCCCUGCUGCUGUCACCGUCACCUGCAGCAGACUGUUCGCUGUCAACCGUUGGCACAACACCGUCGGUCUCCGUGGGGCUCCAGGUUACUCCCUAGAACAGGCUCAUCACCUGCCCAUUGAGAUGGACCCUCUCAUAGCCAACAACUCAGGUGUGAGUAAGCGUCAGAUCACAGACCUGGUGGACCAGAGCAUCCAGAUCAACACACACUGCUUCGUGGUUACCGCCGACAACCGCUACAUCCUGGUCUGUGGCUUCUGGGACAAGAGCUUCAGAGUCUACUCUACCGAGACAGGUAAGUUGACCCAGAUAGUGUUUGGCCACUGGGACGUGGUGACGUGCCUGGCCCGGUCAGAGAGCUACAUCGGAGGGGACUGCUACAUCGUGUCGGGGUCCAGAGACGCUACCCUGCUUCUGUGGUACUGGAGCGGACGCCAUCACAUCAUUGGAGACAACCCCAACAACAGUGACUACCCUGCUCCGAGAGCCGUGCUGACGGGUCAUGACCAUGAGGUGGUGUGUGUCUCUGUCUGCGCUGAGCUGGGACUGGUCAUUAGCGGGGCCAAAGAGGGUCCAUGUCUGGUCCAUACUAUAACAGGGGAUCUGCUGCGGGCCCUGGAGGGCCCAGAGUUGUGCCUGAGGCCCCGCCUCAUCUCUGUGUCCAGCGAGGGCCACUGUGUCAUCUGUUAUGAGAGAGGACGCUUCUGUAACUUCAGCAUCAACGGGAAACUGCUGGCUCAGAUGGAGGUCAACGACUCAACACGGGCGAUCCUGUUGAGUAGUGACGGUCAGAACCUGGUGACAGGAGGCGACAACGGGGUGGUGGAGGUGUGGCAGGCCUGUGACUUCAAACAGCUCUACAUCUACCCAGGCUGUGAUGCUGGCAUCCGCGCCAUGGACCUCUCUCACGACCAGAGGACUCUGAUCACUGGCAUGGCGUCUGGCAGCAUCGUAGCUUUCAACAUCGACUUCAACCGCUGGCACUACGAACACCAGAACAGGUACUGAGGAGGACAAACACGAGACGAGGAGAGCGAGGAAGACGAGCACCAGACGAGGAGAGAGAGGAGGACGAGCACCAGGCGAGGAGAGAGAGGAAGACGAGCACGAGACGAGGAGAGAGGAGGAGAGAGA